CGGCUUUUUUUCUCAUUCUACGAAAAAAAAGGAGGGAAACCAAACACUCAAAACCCUAAUAAAAGGUAAAAAACCAAAAAUUAGUUUACUGAUCUGCGAAUUCGAUUUUCCCUUCAUUUUCACUCUUACAAGUUUUGAUUCCGAAGGAGUUGCCAUAGUUUGAACCUUCACAGUACUCCAUGGCGAGGCUCUUUCGGAACAGUUUUUCUCUGAACCGCGCUCUGCUGGCACCCGAGUACUUAUUUACUGUGCAGGGCUUGAGAAGGGGAAUACCGUGUACAUCAUGUCAGUUCCGGGAUUUUGCUUCUAAAGGUGUUUCAGGCAGUAAGAGAUCCAAGUCUGAGAGAAGUGACUCAUGCGAUGAGAACUUGUCUAAGAAAGAAUUGGCCCUGAGGCAAGCCUUGGAUCAGAUCACAAACUCAUUUGGAAAGGGAUCUAUCAUGUGGCUUGGUAGGUCAGUGGCUUCCAAGAAUGUUCCUGUAGUUUCAACAGGAUCUUUUGCUCUGGAUAUAGCGCUGGGUACUGGUGGACUUCCUAAGGGACGUAUUGUGGAGAUAUAUGGUCCAGAAGCUUCCGGAAAAACCACUCUUGCUCUACAUGUAAUUGCUGGAGCGCAGAAGCAAGGAGCUAACUGCGUUUUUGUUGAUGCUGAGCAUGCCCUUGAUUCGACGCUGGCUGAGGCUAUUGGAGUGAGGACCGAGAAUUUGCUCAUCUCACAACCUGACAGUGGGGAACAAGCUCUUAGUCUUGUGGAUACACUAAUACGGAGUGGCUCUGUCGAUGUUGUUGUUGUGGACAGUGUUGCUGCCCUUGUGCCUAAAAAUGAACUUGAAGGCGAGAUGGGGGAUGCUCACAUGGCGAUGCAAGCUAGGUUGAUGAGUCAGGCGCUGCGGAAAUUGAGCCACUCUGUGUCUCUGUCAGAGACUAUUUUGGUCUUUAUAAAUCAGGUUAGGGCAAAACUUUCUACCUUUGGAGGAUUUGGAGGGCCUGCGGACGUUACUUGUGGAGGCAAUGCCUUGAAGUUUUAUGCUUCGGUGCGCCUAAAUCUAAGAAGGGUGGGUCUCAUAAAGAAGGGGGACGAGACCACUGGAAGUCGAGUUCUUGUGAAGAUUGUGAAGAACAAGCUUGCUCCUCCAUUUAGAACCGCAGAGUUUGAACUUGAGUUUGGCAAGGGAAUAUGUCGUGAAGUAGAGCUCAUAGACUUGGGAUUGAAGCACAAAUUUGUCACUAGGGCAGGUGCAAUGUAUGGUUUUAACGGUCAGACUUUUCGUGGCAAGGAUGCCUUCAAACUGUUCCUCAUGCAGGAUGAUAGUGCACGAAAUGAACUUAUGGUGAAGCUCAGGGAAAAGCUUCUUGGUGAAUUACAUAAAGUGCCACAAACCAAAGCUACUGAUGACGAGCCUGUAGAAGAACUUAUUUCCACGGAUCGUACAGAUGAAGAAACAGUCGUUGCAGUUGAAGCAUAAGUCGUUAAAUUAUACUCUGAGUGGCAGGGUCUCACCCAUUUCUUGAACCUGCAUUACCCGCCACCCGAGGGAUCAAUGGAAGGUGCUGACUGGUCUUAGGUUUAUAUUCACUUGCUACAUUGCUUUUGAGCAACGUCAAGGUAUUGAUGUGUGGCUUUUUGUAAGUCUUGGACAAUAUAUAUAUAUAUAGAUGUUUGGUUUUAUAGUCCAGGGAAAUUUUGAGUUCAAAUGGAGCAACUUGGAACAAUGCAUGGCCGUACUGUUAAGAUUUUUCGCAACUUAUUACAAUUGGUGCUUGU